AAAUUUCAAGACAAUUUUUCUAAACUUUUAUCAUGUCUAACCGAAGCCUAGGGCCCUUUCCAUUUCUCAGAUUUUAAUUUGACUAUUAAUGGUCAAUAUUGAUACGUAAAGAGAAGUGGCAAUGGCAUAUAAAGUGGAUCAUGAAUAUGAUUACUUAUUCAAGAUUGUUUUGAUUGGAGAUUCAGGUGUUGGUAAAUCUAAUAUACUUUCUAGGUUUACCCGAAAUGAAUUUUGUUUGGAGUCUAAGUCCACCAUUGGCGUUGAAUUUGCAACAAGGACCCUUCAGGUAGAGGGCAAGACAGUGAAGGCACAAAUAUGGGACACUGCUGGUCAAGAAAGGUACAGAGCAAUAACAAGUGCUUAUUACAGAGGAGCCGUUGGUGCACUUUUGGUCUACGACAUAACCAAAAGACAAACCUUCGAAAACGUGAGCCGUUGGCUUCGCGAACUUAGGGACCAUGCAGAUUCAAAUAUUGUUAUCAUGUUGGCUGGAAAUAAGUCAGAUUUGAACCAUCUCCGAGCAGUCCCUGACCAGGACGCUCGGAUCUUGGCUGAGAAAGAAGGGCUCUCGUUCCUCGAGACGUCUGCUCUCGAGGCGUAUAAUGUUGAGAAAGCGUUUCAGACUAUCUUGUUGGAUAUUUAUCAGAUCAUAAGUAGGAAAGCUUUGGCUGCUCAAGAAGCAGCUGCUAUUCCUGGUCAAGGCACUGCUAUUAAUGUUGGAGAGUAUUCUGGUAACAAUAACAGAAGACCAUGUUGUUCUAAUUAACUGAGAGGGAUUAAAAAGGAAAGAUGUAAAUGUUUAUUGCCAGAUUAUCAUACUUUUGUGUGUAACAGUUUUAUCAGACAAUGCUAUAGAGAGAUUAUAGGUUACUUAAAAAUGUUGUAAUCUUUUACAAGUGAGGUGAAAAUGUUGUACUAAUACUUUUAAUUUCUUGGCCUUCUUAUUGCUUUGUUGAAGGAAAUAUGAUUUUGCAUAUGAACGAGAUUCAAACUA